AUGUUAUUAACACCAACACGAAAAGUAACACCAGCUUCACUUUUAACAAGGACGACUAUUAAACAAGAAAUUUCUCUGUACUCGAUAAUAUCUAAAAUGAAUUCUGAUUUAUCGUUAUUUUGGUUAGAAUAUAGUCGCGAGCUACCAUUAUUAUCAACCUUGGUUAAACAGUAUCUAGCAAUACCAGCUGCAAGUGUAGCUAGCGAAAGUACAUUUUCGCAAGCUAAUAAUUUUACAAGAAAAAAUCGACUAUCACUAACUUCAACAACAACAAGAAUGUCUAUGUUUUUGAAAGACAAAAAACAAGCACGUAAAUUAUUUAAUGAGAACGUCGUUGCUGCACAGCCAGUCUCACGUGAUAUGGGUGAGUCAUCCAGUGGUAGCGGUUUACCGGUGGGUAGUCACUCUGGCACAAAGGUCACAACAGAGAGCGGAAACGAGUACUUAAUUCACCAUGGAAGUGGUUUCGCGGCACCAGGCAGCAAUCCAACGGUGAUUACUGAUGCUUCGAACAUGUCGUCGAAUUGGAAUUCCGUCGGGGAAGCUUAUAAGCCCGACUCAUCGGUGGGUGGAAUGAUGGGAAAAGGCGAGGGCUACAACGUGUUCUCGCACAACUGCAACGAUGUUACGGCCAGCAUGCCCAAUUCAUCCGUCGACGCGACUACGACAUUCGGUGUCAGUACGGGUAUUGAACCCAAAAAGUGA